AUGAAACCAUUGGAAAUCAGAAAAAAACAGAUGAAGAAUCUUACUAUCACGGUUCCAAAUGGAGCAACAAACCAUGGGAUCUCAAAUCUACUCUGCACACCACCCAGCUGGACCGACUAUGUCAUCUUCUACCUCACCAACUACUUCGCACAUGCAGCAACAAUCAUUAGUAGCCCCGGUCAAAGCACCCGUGAAAUGAUAACGACCAUAUUUAUUGCUCUUCUCCUACCAGGAGCUGGAGUUCUCCGUGCUCUAAAUGCAAUAUACAGACACUCGAUCUUCGCAGGGGAUCCUAUUCAGCAAGCUAUUCGUGCAGGGGCCUUGUGCAUGGUGGUAAAAAAGCCCAACCCAGAUCAUCCACCAAACAGGCCUACACGAAAUAAUCAAGGGAGGGAUACACCUCCUCCAGAUCGACUUCCACAAGAUGGGGAUAUGAGGGAUAUAGAACUAGGGAUUGUGCAAUCCAAUCCGAGAAGCAUUCAUCCUGAUAGCUCUAAUGAAGAAGAAGGGGAGGAAGAAACUAAUUCAAUACCUCAAAGUUCACGGCGAGCAUCGUCUUCCAAGCAACUAUGUAUUGGCAUUUGUCCCCCAUAUGCAAAAGUUGAACUUAUUCCUCCACGAAAGUCGAGCAAAGAGAUCUUUUUAUCCUCCUACAAUAUCCUGAAACUGCUUGUCAGUUUGCUGCAGGCGUUGUGGGCCACUGUUACUCUCUAUCGUACCCGAGGAGACCAAAUCCAACAGUAUGGCUACGCUGCCUUUGGUUUAACGGUUGCACCAUAUGCUUUCAUGUCUAUCAUGAAUAUUAUUGGAACCCUUCUUAAUGCGGAAUAUCCAUCUAUUUUUCUCGUUCGAACACCAAGUAUGGAUGAUGCAGAGCGUGAACCUGGGAGUGAUUUCUUUGCCACCGAAGUAUGCUUCAGAGCGCUAGAAGCACCAUGUGCAGAAACAUCUGGCGGGCCUUUAGAAUCUUUUAGGCGAGACCUGGAUCCGGAUAUAAAGGACGAGAUUACUGCUCUUACUGCUCGUACUGGGGGCAACGGACAGAACACCGUUAUGGCACUCGCAGGGAUGCUUUUGGGAUCCGUUCCACUGGCUAUUGUUGGUGGGUUGUCCAAAUUCCAAGCGAAAGAUAGCACUUCGAUACAAAGAGGUUUUACUAUGUCUUGGUUGAUCGUGGGUAUCUUUUAUGGGGCACAUGUCAAACCUGAGGUUAUUUUGGAAAGCCCCACUCAAGAGCUUCAGAUUUAUGAAGUUUCUGCAACUGUAUUGACCAUUUUUUUGUUGUUUGGAGUUGCUCCCAUCGGUGGGAUGGUGAUGGUUGGAUUAAUGAUUCAAGAGUUUGGUAUAUGUACACUACUCGACUGA